GAAUUGUAUAUAAUGAACCAGAAGGUCUCGUAAUGUCUCGGUCUGGUGAUGAAUGUGUUGUAGCACUCUGUGAUCAGUGGUAUUUGGAUUAUGGUGAAGAAGAAUGGAGGAAGCAGGCAGAAAAGUGUCUGGAAAAGCUAAAUACUUAUGGCUCUGAGACGAGGCACCAGUUUGAACAAACCCUUGCUUGGUUAAAUCAAUGGGCUUGUUCUAGGUCUUAUGGUCUUGGAUCAAGAUUACCAUGGGAUCCUAAAUAUUUAGUAGAAAGUUUAUCUGAUUCCACAAUAUAUAUGGUUUAUUAUACAGUUGCGCAUUUAUUACAGGGUGGUGCUCUCGAUGGCUCGAAGCCGGGACCACUUGGAAUCCAGGUUUCAGAAUUAACCGAUCAAGUUUGGGAUUAUAUAUUUUGUAAUGGACCCUUUCCGACCACAUCCUCUAUCCCACUAGAAAAGCUUGAUAGGUUGAAGCGAGAGUUCAAAUAUUUUUAUCCUUUGGAUCUUCGAGUCUCUGGGAAAGAUUUAAUUCCCAAUCAUUUGACAUUCUUUAUUUAUAAUCAUGUUGCUAUUUUCCCGGAAUAUCAUUGGCCGCGUGGUGUAAGAUCAAAUGGUCAUUUACAAGUAAAUGGGGAAAAGAUGAGUAAAAGUCGAGGCAAUUUUAUGAUCGUUGCAGAUGUGGUUGAGAAGUAUGGUGCUGAUGCUACCAGAGUUUCUUUAGCAGACGCGGGUGAUUCAAUUGAAGACGCUAACUUUGAAGAAUCCACUGCUAAUGCUGCAAUUCUAAG